CCGGGGUCCCGCUCUCGAGAGCCUCCCCGGAGCUCCAGGACGGCCAGGGCGCUCCUCGGGAUGUCUGCCGCCCACUUCCGUAGCCCUUUCGGCUCAAGCCAUCGUGGCAAAGCUCAAGCAGUUCGCAAGCAGGCGUGGCUGGUCCUCCGCUUCCCCCCUGUGGCGGCUUGCCGAGACCAUGCUCCGCCUCUUGCUCGCGCGCUGCGUGCACUUCCAGGAGAGGAGGCAGGCCAAGUCUCUGCUGUUCAUCUCGAGCUGGGCCAACGACGCAGACCUCCUCACUGCCUUCGCCUUUGCUUUCGACAAGGACACGUGGCUGACUUGUGAGAAGAAGAACCCGCUGCCGGAUUGGCUGGUGGGCGUCACCUGGGGCUGCCUGGGGCUCUCCUGCCUGUGCUACUGGCUCGUCGCCCUGGACGGCAUCGGCAUGAGAGAAUGUUGCAUCGCUCGCUGCAAGUGCAGAAUCGGUGGGAUCUUGAUGUUCGACAUACUGGCCGAUGACGUUGUACAGAUUGUACUAUCAUGUCUCGCCAGUGUCCUUGAGGCCAGCGGUACUUUCACUUUCAACGGUAGCUUGGAACGGCUGCUGCCAUGAACCUCACCGCGGCGUUUUUCAGUAUCCUCAUCAAGCUGGCAGAGGCUUACGAGGAGAUGAACGAGAGGGUCUAUGACCUGACGUCGAAGGCUUUGAGUUUUGAAAACACGCACAUCGGCAACGAAGAGCUGGCAAGCCUCGCAGCGGCGCUCGCAGUCAACCAGGAGGUGGAGCAGCUUGAUCUAAGCCGUAACUAUAUCACCGAGUUGUCCCCGCUGCGCGACGUGCUCGCCAAGAACAAGACGCUGAAGAAAUUGUUUUUGUAUUACAACUUCCACCUGUGGAGCAUCGCGCCCCUCGUGGAGGGGCUGAUCCGAGCGGGGACCGCGAGCCGCCUGGAAGUUCUCGACCUCUCGCGUUGUGGCCUCGGCGAGUUCGAAGUGCACCUCCUGGGGCAUAUGCUGGCCAAGAACUGCAGCCUGCAAGUUUUAGACCUGAGAAUGAACGACCACAUCACCAGCCUCGAGCCCCUUCAUGAAGGGCUGAAGAAUAGCAACCUGGCACGGUUAGGGCUCCCCCGCGAUGUUUGGUAUUCAGACACUGAGUGUGCAAGGCUUCAGGAUCUGAGGCCUGGCUUGACGAUAUGUUGAUGAGUCGACGCAGAGCAUUGAUCCUCGGCUUGGGGGCGGCCCCUGUAACGAGCCCAGGCUGGUCGAGUAUAGUUGCAAUCGUGCCCUUAUUAUGUUGAUGGCCCAGCCAAGUCGGAUCCAAUCCGCCAGGUUGGCACGUGCCAGCCAAGUUGGACUUUUCAAGCCGCAUCGAUGUGAUUUCCUCAAUCGCGUGGCCGGCGGCGCGAGAGCUGUCCGAACAAAGCACGGGGGCGGUAGCCAAAGCUCCAGGAGACCCCCGUCGAGCGGGCCCCCCCCCUGUCGGACAGCCGAUUCAGGCGCGCAGUUGGCGCCGCCGCCUCGAGUGGGCCCCGGGCGCUCGAGGCUCGACCUUUUCCCGCAGGCCCGACCCUUUGCACGGGGGCGGUCUUUUAUCGCGUCGCCGGCGGCCCGAGAGCUGCCCGAACAAAGCGCGGGGGCGGCGGCAAAAGCUCCGGGAGACCCCCGUCGAGCGAGCCCGUUUCGGACGCGUCGCAGAGGGCGAGA